CCCUCGCCCAACCUUAAAAGCGGUCGGUCCCUUUGCUCUCACUUCAAUUCUGAAGGCCUCAAUCCAUAGUCCUACCCCUCCUCCUCGGCUAGGAACGGAGAGCAAUGGCCAGAAGAGUUGAAGCAUCUCCCUCUCUCCUACUCUUCUCUUUUGCAGUGCUCCUGCUAGCUGGGGGAACCGUCCAGUUGGUGCAAGGACAGAAAACUUGGUGCAUCGCAAAGCCUUCAUCUGAUGAAGCCACUCUUCUAGCCAACAUCAACUAUGCUUGCUCUCAGGUGGAUUGCAGUAUACUGCAAAGGGGCCGCCCGUGCUUCUACCCAGAUAACUUCAUGUCCCAUGCUUCCAUUGCCAUGAACCUCUACUACCAAGCCAGGGGCAGGAACCACUGGAAUUGCUACUUCAAGAGUUCGGGGCUCAUAACAAUGACCGAUCCAAGUUUUGGUAGCUGUGCUUAUGCGUAGUCCCUAACCAAGAAGACAGCAGCGUUGCUCACCAGUGCCAGGCAUUUCGGAUCAAUCAUUUCUAGCGAAUUCAGGUGGAAGUCAUUGCUAUCUUGCUAUCAGAGAAGCAUGUAAUCAUCUAUCAGUAAAAAUUGCACAUUGUAGCCAUCUCUUCUGGCAUUUUCUCCUUGCUACAUUUACCUUUUCACGCCUUAUUUUUAUUCAUGAAUUGGAGUUUUAUUAAGGACUAAGGAUAGCACAUCAGCAAUGCCAUGGAUUUGCAUCAAUUGUUUCUAAAUGGAUUCAAAAGGAAGCCAUUACUGUCUGGGUACCAGAGAAGUAUAUAAUGAAUCCAUGAAAAUUGCACGCCA